GGCCGCGGCCAUGCCCCCCGGAGCCUGAGGCCCGCGGGCGCGGGGUGCCCGCAGCAUGCGGAGGGUCCGGCGCUUGGUGCAUCUGGUGCUGUUCUGCCCCAUCUCCAAGGGCCUGCAGAGCCGCCUCCCGGGCAUCAAGGUGAAAUAUCUGCUGGUGGUGUGGCUGGGCAUCUUCGUGGGCAGCUGGGUGGCCUACAUGCACUACUCGUCCUACUCCGAGCUCUGCCGCGGCCACGUCUGCCGGAUGAUAAUUUGCGACCAGUACAAGAAAGGAAUCAUUUCUGGCUCCACGUGCAAAGACCUGUGCGAGGAGCGCAGCCUCCGCUUCCAGCACUGCCUCUCCUCCUCUCCCACCCAGCAGGUUUACAGCGGGCUCUGGAAGGAGAAGGAGGUGAUCAUCAAAUGUGGCAUUGAGGAGGCCCUGAAGGCAGACAGCAACCCGGACUCCGUGCCCAGGAGGGAUGUGGUUCUCUUUGACAAACCGACUCGAGGGACGUCGAUGGACGAGUUCAAAGAAAUGCUCCUCAACUUCCUCAAGUCCAACCUUGGAGAUCAGAGCUCUCUUGCAGCCUUGGUGAGCCAGAUCAUCGCCAUGGCAGACGUGAACAGGGAUGGGAAAGUGUCUUUAGCAGAGGCCAAAUCCAUCUGGGCGCUACUUCAGCUCAAUGAGUUCCUCCUCAUGCUCUCCUUGCACGAGAAGGAGCACACCUCCAAGCUGCUUGGGUACUGCGGGGAUCUCUACGUCACGGAGAAGAUCCCUCACAACUCCCUCUACGGGGCUGAUGUCCCUGCCUUCCUGCAGUCCCUGCUGCCCGUCGCUGUCCAGCAGCUCAUCCACCAGUGGUUCGCACCAGCCUGGCCCCGGCGGGCCAAGAUCACCAUCGGCCUGCUGGAGUUCGUGGAGGAGAUAUUCCACGGGACCUACGGGAACUUCUACAUCUGCGAGACCAGCUUCAGGAACGUGGGCUACAACGACAAAUACGACUUCAAAAUGGUCAACCUGAGGAAGGUGGCAACGGAGAUGACAAUCAGAGGGUUCCUCAAGGGGCGUCACUGUGAGCAGAACGUGGACUGCACCUACGGGAAGGACUGCACGGCGACUUGCGACAAGCUCAUGAAGCAGUGCAAAAGCGACGUGGUUCAGCCCAACCUGGCCAAGGUGUGCGGGCUGCUGCAGGACUACUUGCUGUACGGGGCACCGCCUGACCUCAAAGAGGAGCUGCAGAAACAGCUCCGAACUUGCAUGACCCUCAGCGGCCUGGCCAGCCAGAUGGAAGUGCACCACUCCCUAGUGCUGAACAACCUCAAGACCUUGCUCUGGAAGAAGAUUUCCAACACCAAAUAUUCCUAACGGGGCCCAGGGCUUCGAAUCUGAAAUCCUGAAGUUCAGCCAAGGCUCAAAGGCCUGCUUCUCCAUCCUCUCCCCUGCAGGAAAAAAUACACCCUACCCAGGGAGAUCAGCAUAGCUGCAGCGCCUUUGCUUUCAUGAAAAGCCAAACAUCUUGCCUUCCACCACCCAGCAGGAUCAUCGAUAGUCUGCACUGACAGCUGGGGAGCUGGGCUACCAGGAGCAGGGCUGAACAGGCUUGGGGGAAGGAGGAGGAAAGAGAGAAGGAAGCAGAGCUCAGCUGGAUGCAUCUGUUUCUUGAUUAACAGGAAAGCAGUGCAGAAAGAUGAGAAUGAAUCAUUCAUGCUGUACUUGUCACAUCUUAUUUUGAUGAACGUCUCUGAUGUAAAUAAAGAGCUUUUAUGUGAAUCACACCAGUA